AUGACUUCAAACUAUUUCGAGUCGUUUAUAAAUUUUGAUCCAAGAGCUGUAGACUAUAGCGACCUCUUACAUUCUAGCAGAUCGAGGGGCAGAGACUCCGGUGACCACGCCGCGGCCCCCCCCAAGACGCCGGGGCCCGUUCCUGGCGCUGCCCCGCCGCCGCUGCGGCUCACGGCCUCGACACGCCGGGCCUCAUCGCCGUCGUCUCCCCGCCUCGCCCCCGACACCCGCGGCGCCCUGAGGCCGACGUCGCCGCGCGGCGCCCCCCGUCGCCGGACUUCCUCGUCCCCGUCGCCGUCGUCUACCUCGUCCUCUCCCUCGCCGGACCACCCCGACCCCCGCUGCCUUUCCCCCUACCGGCCCCGUGAGCUCCGCUCCUCCUCCUCCUUCCCCUGUUCUCGUGCGCGCAAGCCCACGGCCGCGCACGCACGCGCGCGCCCUGGCCCCCCGGUCCCCGACUGCCGCUCCCUGCGCGCGGCCCUGCUCGCCGUCCCCUUCCGUUGUCCGCCGUGGCCGCGCUCCGGCCGCGUCCAGUCUGGCCUCUCACGCGCUCGCGCAGGCCCUCGUCGCGCCCUGUCUCUGCAACCCACCGGCCGGCCUCGCGCCGCUCCGGCCACGGCCGUGCUCGGACACCCCCCACCAGCUCGCCGUGCCGCCGCCCACUCGCCGUACGCGCCCUUCCCCACGCGCGCCCCGCUGCUGCACUGCCGCCGUGCCGCCGCCCACUCGCCGUACGCGCCCUUCCCCACGCGCGCCCCGCUGCUGCACUGCCGCCGCUGCUUUCCGCGGCAUCGCCCGCCGCUGACGUCGCAGCCCGACGCGCGGCAGCGCUCACCGCCGCCCCGCACCGCUCCUCCCGCACCGCCCCACGAGCCUCGCUGA